AUGGGAAAGCCCAGACCACAAAAGAAAAAGUCAUCCAAGUCCCGCACAAAGUCCAUCCUCGGCCCUGGUGGCUCGAUCUCGAAACCCAAGAUGUCCCAAGACCCCUCGACAUUACUCGACCAGGCCACAAUCCUCCUCCAGACGGGUCGAGUUGACGAGGCCCUACCAACCGCACAGCAGGCGCUAGACCUCGCUACCGAAAAUGCGUCAGUACAACUUCAGGCGGUGAAUCUUCUCGGUGAAAUCAACGUUGAGCUUGGGGAGAUCGAGACCGCUCGUGAAUACUUCCUUCGUGCCAUCGAGCAGGAUCCCAAUGGAUCAAUACCGGAAUCGGAGGGUGGCGGCGCUGAGAAAUUCAUGUGGCUCGCCCAAUUGAGCGAACAGGGUGGUGCGGACAGUGUCCAGUGGUUCGAAAAGGGUGUCUCGUCUCUCAGGCAGACUCUCCAGUCCUUGGAAGGAAAGACUGGCACUGAGGAGGUCGCUCUUGCAGAGGAAAAGAAGAUCAAGUUGUCUAAUGCGCUCUGCGCCGUCGCAGAGAUCUAUAUGACUGACCUUUCUUGGGAAGAAGACGCCGAGGCUCGGUGUGAGGCUCUUAUCACAGAGGCUCUUACAUUCACCCCCGACGCGCCAGAAGUCCUCCAGACCUUCGCUUCCAUUCGGAUAUCACAGCUGAGGACCGAGGAAGCUCAGGAAGCCCUCAAACGAAGCAUUAGCCUGUGGAAGGACCUGGCCCCCGAAGACCCUAAGGUGCCUGAUUUUGCGGUACGCAUUAGUCUUGCACGCCUUCUCAUGGAAGUGACGCUGGAGUUCGAGGCUCUGGAAGUUCUUGAGCGUCUGAUCCUCGAAGAUGACCAAAGCGUGGAGGCGUGGUAUCUUGGCGGCUGGUGUCUCUAUCUGCUGGCGGAGAAGCAACAAGCGCCAAAAGAUAUCGCUGAAGAUGAGGCCGCUGAAUCGCCGCGACACGCGUCUUUGAUUGCUAGUCGGGAGUGGCUAAAGCAAAGCUUGAAGCUUUACGAUCUACUGGAGUAUGAGGACGAGCCCCUCAAAGCUCACGCCCAAGAGCUCAUCCAAGGGAUGCUUGCCGAGAUUGGAGAAGAUGUGGAUAGUGAGGCUGAGGGCGAGGGCGAGGGCGAGGGUGAGGAGUGGGAUGAGGAAAUUGAGGCGGACUCUGAUGACGAAGAUCACGAAAUGGCCGAUUCAUAG